AGUAAAAUCGAUGAAACACUUGAGCUUGCGUAGAAACUACCACCCACUUACUAAUAGACGUUUUUUUGUACUUUUUCAUCUAUUCCUAAAAGCUUAUAGCUUGACAAGUUCAUCAAUAAUUACUCUAUCAAUACACUGAGUACCUGAAAGGCAUAAAAAUGCCUUCGGUUCGAAGAAUGAUUCUCGGACAUGUGAUGUCUGGGAUUUGUUCUAAAAUGAACCGGAUAAAGCGUCUUGAUGGUGAUGGAAUGGAGACGCCUUUGAAGAGAUGCUUAACAACUUUCGAUAUGACGUUUCUGGGUGUCGGUCAUAUGAUGGGAGCUGGCAUUUAUGUAUUGACUGGUCAAGUAGCUCAUUCAAUAGCUGGACCAGCUAUAAUAAUAAGUUUCAUGUUGGCUGGAUUAGCAUCCGCUUUUUCGGCAUACUGUUAUGCUGAAUUUGGUGCCCGUGUUCCAAAAGCUGGCAGUGCUUACGUUUAUACUUACGUGGCAUUAGGCGAGUUCUGGGCAUUUGUUAUCGGCUGGAAUAUUAUUCUAGAGCAUAUGAUAGGGGCUGCUUCAGUAGCAAGAGCUUGGAGUGGAUAUGUAGAUUCAUUAGCAGGAGGAACGUUAAGCAAUUUUACUGGUAAUCUUAUGGCUGGUCAUGAAAUGAGUUCAUCACUUGGACAUAUACCAGAUCCACUGGCCUGUAUACUUUGUCUUGUGUAUGCUCUUCUCCUGGGAACUGGUGUUAAAAUAUCAUCAAGAUUAAAUUCAGUCCUUACACUCGUAAAUCUCGGCGUAAUCGGCUUAGUAGUUGGGCUCGGAUUUCAAUACGCGAGCUUGGGUAAUUGGACCGACGAAAAGCACUACGGAUUUAUGCCAUUUGGCAUCGCUGGUGUCAUGGCAGGUGCUGCGAAAUGUUUUUAUGCAUUUGUCGGUUUUGAUUCAAUCGCUAGCUGCGGUGAAGAAGCGCGGAACCCAAGCAAAAGUAUACCAAGAGCAACAACAUAUUCAAUGAUAAUAGUAGUAAUCGGGUACAUUCUUCUCAGCGGAAUGCUGACAUUAGUGGUACCAUACUGGGAAAUAAAUCCAACGGCAGCAUUAUCCGAAGCAUUCGCAUCGAAAGGCGUUACCUGGGCAAAGUAUGUCAUCAGCAUCGGAGCACUGUGCGGCAUGACAACAACUCUCUUUGGAUCAUUAUUUUCAUUACCAAGAAUAAUAUACGCCAUGGCUAGUGAUGGUUUACUCUUUUCAUUCCUGGGUCGUGUCAAUGAACGUACACAAUUGCCAAUUAUUAAUUUAGCCGUCAGUGGAGUUCUGUGUUCUAUAAUUGCUCUACUAUUUGACUUAGCACACCUUGUGGAAUUCAUGUCCAUCGGUACUUUUCUUGCUUAUACUAUUGUAUCAGCGAGUGUUAUUAUUUUGCGAUACAGACCUAGCAAUGAGAUUCCGGAAUUUAUUCCAAGUACAAAGACACAUGAAGGUGAAUCAUCCAGCGAUACCAGUAGUACCAGUAGUCUGACUGAUUCAUCACCUGAUGACUCUCAGCUCAUUGAAUGUCAAAAAGUAAAUCCUGUUGGUAGAUUAAAAAAACGUUAUGCUAAAUUGUCAAGUUUUAUUGGAAACUGGGAGCCUGGGACAGCUGUAAUUGCAGCAUUAAUAAUCUACAUUGCUGGAUGCUCCUGUGUCUCAGUACUUUUACUCGGUCUUACUUCGCCAUUUGAUCAUGAACUAUCUUGGUGGAAUAGUUUACUUUACUUAUUCGUUUCAUUGAUUAUGGUCGCCUGUUUACUCGUAAUUGGAGCACACGAACAAUGCCCAGCUACUGAUGAUAAAUUCCGAGUACUUUUUGUACCAGUCGUACCUGCAAUAAGUAUUUAUAUUAAUAUUCUUCUUAUGAGUCAUUUACAAAUACUGACGUGGCUGCGUUUCCUUGUAUGGAUGUUUAUUGGAAUUCUUAUUUACUUCCUCUAUGGAAUUCAUCAUAGCAAAGAAGCAUCAGGUCCUAAUUCGUAUUCUGUUCUCAUGACAAGAUUCGAAGAAGAACAAGCUCAAGCACGCAGUAAAGUUAAUUCUGGUUUAAGAUUUAAAACGAAUCGUUUAUCUCAGUCUAAAAAGAAUUCUGAUAAACAACCGAUUCUCAAUGCCGAUUCAUAUCGUUAAAUUUACCCAGUAAUAUUUAUUUAACCAGGUUACCCCUCUUUACAUUUCAGCCAAAAAUAUCUCAGUCAAAAUAUAUCAGGUGAAAUAUCUCAAUAGUAAUCAAUGUAAAAAUAGUAGGGGUAUGCGAAUCGGGUUCGAAUUGAAUAAUUUGAAAUUUUUGAAUCAUUCGAAACUUCAAAUUAUUUGUAAAUUUUAUAACUAUCCGAAAGUUUUUGAAUUACUUGUAACUUUUUAAAUUUCUCGAUUCAAAUCGAGAAAAUUCUGAUCAGUUUUCAAAUAUUCAAUUUUUAUUUAACUCGUCAGCAUCCCGUGAUUUUUAGUGUCUCGCUUGCGCGACAGCGACAUCCUAUAAGUUGAAUUGUGUCCUGUGAGCAAAAUUCUCAUAACGGGAGUGCUGACGGAUUAAUGGAGAGUUUGGUUUUUAAAGUAAUCAAAAAUAAUUUUUUCGUAUAUUCUUAUCUGAGCUCUAUCUAUC